GGAACCGUGCCGUCUCCUUUCCUGUCCUACCUAGAGAGGCUGAACGGGUUCGGAUUGCGCACCCGCCCAACCCGGAUUAUUUUGCUAAUCAGACUUCAGCACCGCGAAGAUAAAAGGGAGAGGAUCUGUUGCCUAGAUAGGAGGGCUUUAAUGAGCAGCUGCGCCCCUGGGGACAGCUCGCCAAAGUCUACGGCUGCUGCUGCUGCUCCUUUCCGGUCUCUUGCCAUUUCUUCACUUGUUCCUUCGCCUCCUUCCCGCCCCCUCCCCAAAUGGGCCUAAGGAAAGCCAGCGGGAACUGUCCAAGGUGCUAGAAUGCUGGCUGGUUGGCGGCUGGACGCGAGCGGAUUGCAGGGAAAGCGGAGUCCCAGAUUACUGCUGGUAGCCGAAGGUAGGCUGGCUCUUUGUUUGAGAAUCCCUGAUUAAUCAACAACAGCAUCAACAGAGAGGGAGACGGAGCCUGCCUGUAGUCUUGGGGGGGAGAGAGUGAGAGAGACCGUUUCAAACCUUCCGUGUCUAGGUGGCCAUGCGAGAGCGAGAGCGGGAGCAUCUUUUUCUGCUGCAAGAAGCCAUUGGGCUAGGAUGUUUUCUAUCCCUUCUUUUCCUUUCUCUUGGUCUCCACAGCAGCCACCCCAAUGAGGCACCUUAGCCACCUCUCUGCCGUCGCAAAUGUUGCUGCCGUGAUCUUCUUCUGCGUGGCGAACUGGGCAGAAAAACCCUCCCGUUUCUUUCCCAUUGGACUUCAAAGCAGGGCGCCCUUGGUGCCCCCUUAGGCGUCCUUUCUCUCAAUGUGGAUUUAAGAUGCUAGGUCCUAUCUUUUCCCCCACACCGCUGUAUUUUUUUGUAAGUCAAACUUCGAAAGGCUAUUUUUAAUUCUUCACGGGCGAGAAGGUCUGUCGUUUGAAUACAGCAGCGACACACUGACUUUGAGAGAUGCAGAAUGCUACAAUCUGGAUAUCUUUGCCAAGAAGAUCUCAAGCACUUUAAUUGAAGAAGAAGACAAAACUGAGCCAAUCUACAAAAUCUGUUCCGUAUGGUGCUGAAAUAUCCCUUCAGACUGCACUGAGAUAAACCACGGGAAAGGGCUUUUAACAGACAAAGUCACCUUUAAUUAUUGCACUUAGCAGUCCUCCGAGGACUUUAAUCUUGGAAGUAUUUUCCUCUGUUUAUUGUCUCCCACAAGAUGAUGAGUUCUAAUCAGGAGGAGGUCACUUUGGGCACUUUUCUCCAGUAUAUUGAAGACAUGGGCAUGAAGGCUUAUGAUCGCUUGGUUAUACAGAAUGCGUCUGACAUUGCUCGAGAGAAUGAUCGCAUGAGGAAUGAAACGAACCUGGCUUACUUGAAAGAAAAGAACGAAAAGCGCCGGAAACAAGAAGAAGCAAUAAAACGCUUGGGUGGCGAAGUAGUGAGAGGAAACGAAGGAAGCUACGUAGGCAAACAUUUCCGCAUGGGAUUUAUGACGAUGCCCGCGCCUCAGGACAGACUGCCGCAUCCUUGUUCCAGUGGCUUUACUGUGAGAUCCCAGUCGCUUCAUUCUGUUGGAGGGACAGACGAUGAAAGCAGUAGCUGCUCUCGCAAGCAACCACCGCCAAAACCGAAACGAGACCCCAAUACCAAACUAAGCACAUCCUCUGAAACUGUAAAUGCUGGAACUACGAGUAAGAGUGGAAAGCUAGCAGAUAGGACUGAAGUGUCAGCCAAACCAAGGCCUCACAGUGAUGAAUACACAAAGAAGGUUCCUCCCCCUAAGCCGAAACGGAAUCCAAACACUCAGCUAAGUGCAUCUUUUGAUGAGACGUACAUAAAAAAACAUGGUCCCACAAAGUCAACCUUAAGUAGGGAUUCCUCCUUAUCCCAGGUCAGCAGUCCUGCUCCAGAUACAGAGGAAGAAGAACCAGUUUAUAUCGAAAUGGUUGGAAAUAUACUAAGAGACUUCAAAAAAGAUGAGGAGGAUCAAAGUGAGGCAGUUUAUGAGGAAAUGAAAUACCCCAUCUUUGAUGAUGGAGGCCAAGAUUCAAAGUGUCCAUGUGAGUAUGACCAUCACAGCUGUUCCUCUCAGUGUGCUACUCCCACAGUGCCUGACCUCGAUUUCACCAAGUCCUCAGUGCCAUCUACUCCCAAGGGUGUGCUUUGUGAUAUCCCCCCACCAUUUCCAAAUUUGCUUUCUCAUAGACCUCCACUCUUGGUAUUCCCACCUGCGCCAGUGCAAUGCUCCCCAAAUUCUGACGAAUCUCCUUUAACACCACUGGAGGUCACAAAACUUCCUGUGUUAGAAAAUGUGUCUUAUAUCAAACAGCAAGCUGGAGCUUCUCCGUCUUCACUGCCACCUCAUACUCCAAGUCAUCAAAAAGUGGAGAAAGACCAGACAGCAUCUCAUGGAACUAGUACUCCAGGGCACUCCUCUUCACCUCCUCAUCCUUCUACCUUAUACAGAACACAGUCCCCCCAUGGCUAUCCUAAAAGCCAUUCAGCCUCUCCCUCUCCUGUUAGUAUGGGUCGUUCACUUACCCCCUUAAGUCUCAAAAGACCUCCUCCUUAUGAUUCUGUACAUUCAGGAAGUCUCUCAAGAAGUUCUCCAUCAGUGCCUCAUUCUACAGCCAGAAACAUAUUGCAAGAAGGAGGGAAAAUGGUAAAUGCCUCUGUCAACACCUACGGGUCAUCAUCACAGAGUAGUUCACGUUCUAGAACACCUACCAGUCCUCUAGAGGAGUUAACCAGCCUUUUUACCUCAGGACGAAGUUUACUGAGGAAAUCCUCCAGUGGAAGAAGAUCUAAAGAGCCUGCAGAAAAACCAUUAGAUGAGCUGAAGAUCAGGAGCCACAGCACUGAACCACUACCAAAGCUGGAAAACAAAGAAAGAGGAGGUCACCUCGGGACAUCAUCCUCCAGAGAGCCAAUAAAAGCUCAGGAAUGGGACGGGACACCAGGACCUCCACUUGUAUCUAGUAGACUUGGAAGGUCUUCUGUUAGUCCAACCAUGUUGGCAGGAAAUAAUAGCUCGGUGCUACUCCUGUGCUGGUCCCAGAACACCAGAGACAAAAUAGAACCGAAAGCGAGCUGCAGAUUAGGGCGAUCUGCAUCCACAUCAGGUGUGCCUCCUCCCUCUGUUACUCCUCUCAGGCAAGCCAGUGAUCUACAACCGAGCCAGAAUCAACCCCACUGCACACCCAAUAGGAGAGGGAAGAAACCCACAAGAACCAGGAGAGAACAACCACUUCCACAGCCUAGUAGCGUACACAAUUACAGUAAAGUGACAUGUAUGCAGUGGUUGCAUGGAGACCAUACAAUGCUGGAAAUGAUUGAGAAAAAACGUUGCCUGUGCAAGGAAAUCAAGGCACGACAGAAAUCGGAGAAAGGACUUUGCAAACAGGAGAGCAUGCCUAUUCUGCCAAGUUGGAAGAAGAACACAGGGACCAAGAAAUACAGUCCCCCUCCAUAUUCCAAGCAACAAACUGUUUUCUGGGAUACCGCAAUAUGAUAUGAGCAUGGGGGAUUAUCUUCCACACAUUGCUGAAAUGUGCACUGCCAGGCUGCCUUCCCCAUAAGGCAGUAGCUGGGACCUCAAUCCAGGUGAAGAACUGCCUAGGCAUAAUGCUUACUAAAGUGGUACCCACCUGUCUGACAAAAUCAUUGUCUCCCUCUGAACGAAGGCAUGCACGUUUUUGGAGGAUUCUUUUGGAUCCAGAAAAAUAGUAAGAUGUAAAUAU